AUGUGUGUGUGGUGUGAGAAAGAGGAGGAAGCGGUCGUGAGAGCGCCGAGUUUGACGAGGGGGAGGGUCCUCUGCACGCUCACGUGGUUCGUGUUGCGCGCACAGACACACAGACAGCCUCCCCCCCCCCUCCCUCCCAUACAUACAUACAUACAUACACACACUCUGCCCUACACACGUCUCGCCAUCGCUUCGCAUGUCUUUGGGGCGGUCUCUCUCCCUCUGCUUAUCGCUUUUCCGUACCUCUCUCUCUAUUCAAUGUCGCUGUCCACGUUCUCCGUCCGCGAUAUCGUGGCCACUCCCGAUGACGCCGAUGCGCUGCAGACCACCCUGGAAGAGCUGUACCGACGCCGCCGCGCGAAGCGGCAGGAGGAGCGAGGGUGGAAGCGGUGGGAGCAGAGCCAGCUCUUAGACGAAGACGCGGACAGGUGGGGCACCGCGCAGGAGCUCGCCUAUCGCCGUGCGGUGCUCAACACGUGGACGCAGAAGUACCCAAAGUUGCAAGAGGCCAUGAUAUCUUUGGCGACCGCGUCGUCAUCGAACACCGCAGCCACCGCCCCAGCAGUAGCCACUGCGGCGGCGUUCUCCGUCGCUGAAGCAGUUCGUCCAUCGUACCCGACGCUGUGGCGGAUACCGGCGGGCACCAUUCCGGCAGACUUUUACAUGCACAACGCGGCCAUGGAAGUGUCGCAGCUGCUGUCGACGCCGCAGCGUCAGCACGCGACCACCGAGGCAGUGAAAGACUACAGCGCUCACUCGUGUCUGGUACGCGUCCGGUGGGAGCCGGUGCGGGUGGCAGACCUGUUGACUGAGCCGCCGCCGUCGGCAGCCGCGUCGUUGUCGCCGCUCUCGCAGCAUCCGUGUGGCGCCAUCAGCCACGCACAGCUUCAGCCGCAGCGCGUGUUGGCGCGGUGGCCCCAAGGCAAGACGGCAUCCGCCAAGAUGGCUGCGGUUCUGCGCUCCAUCGGUAUCGAGGAGCGCAAGCGUGAGCAGUGGAACGAGCACUUGCGCCGGCAGCAGGAUGAGAGGGAAGCGCCCCCGCACCGGCUGCGCGAUCGAGUGUGGGACCGUCAUUCCGCAGCAUCAGUGAAGCUUUGCGGCAACCUGGCGAGUAGCGCAGACGGCGCCGAACCUGCCACCGAGGCGGCCGCGGUGGACGAGUCCUACUCUGCAGUUACGGAGGUGAGUGCUGGUGGAGUCGUAGAAGACGGCGGCAGUGGCGGCGGCAGCGCUGCCGAUGCUUCUGAGAGCGCCUUGGGCCACGAGCUGUACUGGCCGGCACACAUCACCCGCACACGAGCGCUCUUCACCGGUGCGGCAUGUCUGCAGGACACCUUCCACGGCCUCGGUCAGCUGCAGCGGUAUGAGCGGUUUGAGCCGGUCCUCGCCUUGGCGCUGGCAAGUCCACUGCGCAUCGUUGUCGAUGUGGUCUACACCGUUGAUGAAACCAGUGAGGCCUUUGGUCUGUCCAUCGACCCCGUCGUUCAUGUCGACGCGAUGACGUCUUCGGACGCGCGCAAGAGGGUGGCAACGAUGCGAGACAGCGAUGCAGUGCGGAGCAUCAGCGUGGGUAGUGGAUCCGGCAGCAGCGCAAGCGGGCAUGGGAUCGUGGCUAAUCGCCGCGGCACCCUCUCGCCAUCUGAGAUAUCCUCCUCCAUGGCGGAGGACCAGUACCCUCUGCUUCUGCCCUCGUCACUGCCGCCGGUGCUGUCCGACCUCAACUACGCCUUCACGGCAGCACCGACGGCUGCUGGUGGUGCUGGCGGCGCCAGUGCAGACAGUCGUCGCGCCGCCUCCCAGAUGACGUCCUUCACAGACGCCCCCACCGCCACCAGCACGGCAGUGCUGCGCCGCAGCACCCUGUCCACCAGCCCGCUGUCCCUCUACACCAUUCUGGCGGGCCCUGCGAGCCAAACACACUCGAUCGUGCUGCUACGCCCCACCCCGGAAGUCGUGUGCGCCGCCCGCGCACGCGCCUUACAGGAGCUGGAGCAGCGGUGGUUGCGGCUUCGUCAGGCCCUCGUUGACCGACUCACCACACGCGAAGAGCAAGCGCCGACUGCGGUUUUAGCGCGGCCCCCAACGCCGUCGCCUGCAGAUCUGCUUGCCGUGGAGCUGCCGGACCCCGACACGUAUGCCAGCCCGUUUAUCGACCGCAGUGCGCGGCAUGGCGAGGGGCUUCCUGCGGUGCCGGCCGGUGCCGAGUCGCUGACGGAAGAGGAGAUGCAGCGCCAGACGCGGCUGCCGCAGCUGCAGGGUGGACAUCUGCCACGGCGACCGAUCACGUAUCCGGUUGGUGGCCCCCACGGCGUGAACCGAAGGCUGCUGCAGCUGUCCGCUUCGUCGCUGCAGACGACGCUGGCGGACCCCGGCCUGCGCACGCGCCCACUGCCGAGCAGCGUGAGGCGACCUUCGCAUGGUAGCGGUGCACAAGACGGCGGGGCGUCGGCGAAAGCAGCGGCACCGUGGUCCGUAUCCACACCGCCGACGUCGCCACACCCUCCACAGCAGUCUCCGUGCACGCCUCCGCAGUCACACAUCCGGCGCACGGAUCGGGGCGCCUCGAGCACAGAUAAUGUCACAAGCUCCUCCACUGACGAUGAUGACAGGUCCGCCGGUCUCAUCCGUGGCUCAGAGCGGGCCUCUACCGCUACCACGCCACGCGGCGAUGCCGGGAUUCCGCGGACACCGCAGUUGGUACGCUCCCCAGUAGACCCAAUCUCCCUCUGCUCGCCGGCUUCGUGUGAGGGGCUCGAGGUGCCAUGCACCGAUGGGUCAUCCUCCGGCCUGGACGGGUUGCACAGCGCACUCCUCUCGGAGGGUCGGCGAGCGGCGACAGAGAAGAGUCCCACUACCUUGGCCGCUGUGCGCGCCAGCAAGGAGUGGCUGCGGGUCGGCGAGUCCACGGCCCGGGCGCCGCAACAACCAGUCACCAUGCCACGAGCGCAUCUAUCUGCCCUCACCCUUGAAGCAUCCUCGCAUGUGUCAGCGGACGCAUGGCGGCUGGCGAACGACACCGACCGCGUUGGCAGUGUCUCAGCCCCUGGUUCUCCAAGGAAGGCGUCGCCAUCGUCAACAUCCCUGCCGUCCCGGCGCCACCGCCACAACGGCGGCUCUCCGAUGGACGCUGACACGGCCACGCAGUUGACCCACGACGACGGCGAUAGUCCGCGGCAUCGCACAUGCAGCGGGAUGGAGCGGUACUCGGCCAUCUUGUCUGUCUCUGCACAAUCCGUGCCGGACUCCCAGCCGAUGUCGGCGCUGCGGGAAGUGAGCGUGACGUCGUACCUCUCGUGGGAUGUGCGCGACACGACGAACGACACCGCGAGCCGACAUAGCAACACCGGCGACGGUGAUGGACGAGUAGCGCCGUUCUCUGGUGGGAGUGGGGCAGCGCCGCCGACCUACUUGCCACUCCCUUCGCAGCCCAACAAGAAUGAAGCACUUAACAUGCCCAAUCUAAGCACCCCUGACAUCGCCGCCACGCUGGCCACGCCCUACUCCACGGUGUCGAGUCCCUCCUCCCCGCCACCACACGCGGCAUCGCCCAUUCUUCGAACGAAAUUUGUCACUCUUGCCGCAGCACAGCCGCACGCCGGCGAUCACAGCCAGUCGCCAUCGAGCGUACGUUACCCCAUUCUCCAGAAACCCCCAGCACCCCUGUGUCACGCAGAUGCGGCCUGCCCUGUUCUCACCCACACAUCGCGGCCAGGGAAAAAGGUUUUAGGAGGCUGCACGAAAAACGAAACGACACUCAGCGCAGUGCCUGCGCGUAGCGAUCCCCGCACGGAGGCCCGUACGUCACCACAAGUGACGCGUUCAACUGCCUUGGAGUCCUCCAGCUCGGGCGACGAUGCCCCUGCUCUCAGGGGAACAGCGACGUACUCGUCCUAUAUCCAGGCAGGCCCUUCCCUAUCUAUCGCUGGCGCCCACGGAACGUCCGCAGCUGGGCGAGCUGGCGCCGCUGCCUUGUCGUCGCCUCAGGCGCCACACGCGGCAGCACGCGAGUUGCGUCGCGCCUCCGCCUCGACGUCCGGCACCCGCCCCGUCUCCUCGUCUACGUUUCUCAGCGAUACGCGUCGCCUGCAGCUGCGCAACUUGGAGCAGCCGCAGCGGGAGCCGAGGCGUCAUGUGUCACCGCCGCCGCCGUGCUCCUUGUCCGCGUCGGCAGAGGCACGGGCACGUGUGCACCCGGGAUCGUCGUCACCGAGGCAGAAUGAUGACGUCGCUGCCUCGGGCACGGAUCUCCACCACACUCGCGGUGCUGCUCCUGGGACAUCGCCACGUAAGAUAGCGGUGGUUGUGGAGGUGGGCCCCCAGCAGCGUCCUCGCCUCAGUGAACGCGGUUCAGCAGGCGCCACUUGUCACGACACCGCCCGGCAUCACGAACACGCCUCUCCUCUCCAGACCGGCACCGAUGCGGUGGAAGCAACGACAGCUUCAGCGAGCCAUCGAGUGGGCCAUGGCGGCAGCGGCGACACUAGUGGCGCCGUGGAAAGUGAAGGCAGUCCUCUGCCGCGCCGUCCGCCGUCGCUCGCAACAGGGGCGAACAACGACGCACAUGAACCGGCGUCACGCCCAAUGUCAGAGAAGUCAGCGGCGUCGAAAUCUAUUGCUUCAUGUGGGGUGACGUCACAGCCGCCAUCGCGGCACACGGACGGCGCUGGCGCCACGGGUCUCGCCAGCGGUGAGCCAAGACCGUCGCAUUGGCCCCAAGCGAGUGCCAGCAGUCGCAUGCUUCACAGACGCCCGUCUCCUAGAGCACCCAAGAUGGCAGCCGCCCCUCCGAUCGAUGCCAACGCAGAGGACUCACCGCAGCGACAUGUGAAAUGGCAGCGGCGCCAUCAGCGCGCCGACUCUGUGUCUGUAGCGGUGUUGUGCAGCGAGCACUCCGUAUCCGUCGACCGCGAAGUGGAGCUGCCGGAACAGCCGAUGCGCCUGCCGGAGGUGCCAACUCCACGCUCACCUCAGUGGUCUCAGCAGCAGCAGCCAUACCUUGUCACUGUCAACGCGUCCGCCGCAAAGUCUGUUCGCUCCGGCGAGCCGGCCACGGGUCUUCACAGCCUCGACGAGCUCAUGCACUCGGGGAGGGAGGGCUUGCUCGAGGCACAUCAAAGGGCCACGCACGCGAUACGAAGCUGCAAAGCCAGCGCGGACGUUCGUUCAUCGUACCAGCAGGCCCACCCGCAUCACCGCUCGCCUGCUGAGGCGGCGCGAAAGGGUUCAGCAUCCUCCCCCUCCUCCGUGGCAUCCGCGUCGUCGUCGUCUUUGCCACUGCCGAAAAGCCGGGGUCCGGCGCAGCGCCCAUCGCAGCGUGUGGGAAGCGCGGGCAGCGAACAAUCGGAUGCGGUGGCGCCGAGGGCGCUAUCGACCGCAUACAUGCGCCACGCCACCCCUCCGGCGGCCGCUACGUCACCGAACUCUUCCCCCUCCUCUGUAAACUUUAGCUCGCGCAUGCCCUCCGCGGCGCAGGAGCCGCGUGGCACAUCGCCUACUCCCCAUCCGAGCGGUCGCUCCUCGCGAAGCGGCCGCGGCCGCGCCGGAGAGCUGCUGGCUCCUCGCCCCCACCGCAGCAGAUCCUCCUCACAGCACGACCGUCAAUCUUACAAUCGCGCCGUCAGGGCCUCACCGUCGCCGUCAUCCACUACGCACAGGCACAGGGUCCUCGUGCGCCGCGUGGUGCGUCGGCGCCGCAGCGAGGUUUUCGUGGAAGAGGGCGGCACGUUGGUGUACCGUUCCCCAGUGGCGACGCCACACACCUCCUAA